UUUUUUUUUUUUUUUUGACCGUAUCCGACUAGAGUUUAGUAGAGUUGGUUUUUCGUUUUGUGUUAGGUGGGAUAAUGUUUUGAGAUAAAUAUAAUGGGUAUAUGCAGAAACUGUAUGACCAGAUGCAAGAGAAAAUCGAAGCGGCAAUGAGGCUGGGGCAGGUGUCCGCAGAAACGAGAGAGCUGCACAAAGGGUUUGAUGAAUGGAAGUCUGAUAUGAGUUCUUCUGAUCACCAGCCUAUUGUUCAAGUAUAUGAAUCUGUGUUUAGAUUAGUUAAAAGUGAAAAUCACCGCAAUGAGUUUGACAAAAUAGCCUUGAAUUUUCAUAAGUGAAGUAACUGAUAUAAACAGAUAAGGGUAUCGUCGGUGAUAAGCAACGGUCCAAUUAUUCUCACUGUAGAUUGUGAUGUUUACUCCAACAAUUCAGAAUCGGUAAAAGAUGCUAUGUGCUGUUUCACGGAUGAAGAGAAUGGAAACAAGAUUGCUUAUGUACAGUUUCCUCAAAGUUCAUAUAACAUCACAACACAUGAUCUAUAUGCAAGUUGUUUUAGAGUACCUAAUGAGUUGGAAAUGGGAGGCAUGGAUGCUAAUGGAGGACCUUGCUAUAUAGGCAGUGGAUGCUUUCACAGAAGACACACGCUUUGUGGGGCCAUAUACACCGCGUUCUUUAAACAAGAAUGGAAUGGAGAAACUACAAGAAACGAAAACGAAAGCGUGAGUGUCCUGGAAGAAAGAUGCAAACCACUUGCAAGCUGUACCUAUGAAAAGAACACCCAAUGGGGAAAGGAUGUCGGUCUGUUGUACGGUUAUCCAUCCGAAGACAUUGUUACAGGUUUAACAAUACAAUGCCGAGGCUGGAAAUCUGUAUACCUUAAUCCAGAAAGAAAGGGAUUUGUAGGAAUCGCACCCACGACACUUUUAGACGUGUUAGUGCAGCAUAAACGAUGGUCCGAAGGCCAGUUUAGCAUAUUAAUCUCAAAUUGUUGUCCUUUUUCAUAUGGGUAUAAAAGAAUCCCCUUCAUACUUCAAAUGGCAUACACACUGUAGCGUAUAUGACGAUCCCACAGCUCUGCCUCGUAAAAGACAUACCCUUAUUUCCAAAGGUAUCGAGCUUUUGGAUACUGCCGUUUUUGUACACCAUCGUAUCUCAGUAUAUAUAGCUUAGGUAAGUUUGUUUUCUGUGGAGGGAGUGUGAAAGGGUGGUGGAAUGAGCAACGAAUGUGGCUUUUGAAGCGCACAACGUCCUACUUGCUCGCCUUUUUAGACACGCUUCUUCGGAAAUUCGGGUUCUCUGAGCUGGGAUUCACAGUCACCCCGAAGGUGGUUGAUGAAAAUGUGUUGCGGAGAUACAAGAAACAUGUUAUGGAGUUUGGUAGUGAUUUGGGCAUGUACAUAGGUUUGGCGUUUAUCGCCAUGCUUAACCUUUUUGGGUUGUUUUGGAGUUUGAAGACAAUGGUUAUGGAUUCCGGGACAAGGGCAUUGGAUCAUUUGGCGUUACAGAUUGGAGUGUGUAUCAUUGUCGUGUGGAUUCACUUGCCGGUUUAUGAAGGACUCUUUGUUCGAAAAGACGACGGAAAAAUGCCAGACUUCUCUCACUUGCAACUCGGUUAUCUUGGCUUUGAUAGCUUGUGUUAGUAUUGUACUCUUUUAACAAUUGAUGGUCUAUGAUGGAACUGUAGUUAUUAUGCAUGUCAUUUAAACUUGAUUUUGUUUGAUUCA